AUGACGCUCGCCUCGACAUUGUUGGCAUUGCCAGUCUUAUGUCUUGUGUCGAUUCCACUCAUUCUCUCGGCAUGGGUCACUAUUUCUCUGGCCCUGGUCACCUUGUUUGUGCGGUUGUUGGUGGUCUACCUUGGGGUCGGAUAUGACAUGUGCAUCAGUUUCUUCACGAUGCCGAUCUCUACCAUAUCAUUCUUGACCUUUGCUGUUUCCCAACCACCCACGCCGGCAACGGGUAAUUCGAGACGAAACUCGGGAGCUGGGCCGAUUGCGGCCUUUCGAAGCGAUGAUCCUCUCUCUAAAUUUGUCUUCAGUGGGCUUGAUGAUGUUGCCCGGUACAACAGGAACAAGAAUAUGUAUGCCCGGACUAUGGCAGAGGCGCAUAACCUUUCAACGUCCCCGCCGAUGGGCUUACCAGUCAGCGGAGAUGAAUGGCGAGAUUUCGAAGGCGUGGGUGGAUGGCGAUCAUAUCACGAUGGCCGAGGCCAAUUCUCGAGUCGUCGCAGCUCUCAGGCUGGCCAAGAGAAGCCUCUAAGUCCUGCCUCGACGUCUUCAACGCAGAGUAUCAUUGAUCGCAGAAAUGAUCCAGAUAUUGAUUCCGAUGAUCGUGACUGGCUAUCAUUGAAUCAUCGUCUCGAGCUUCCAUCGCAGAUUUUCACCCUUGGUUCUUUUGCCAACAGCCCGACCCAAACUGCAGAUACUCUACAGUCCAGACGAGCGAACUUCCAUUUGAAUAUCCGAACAUCUGCAAAUAGCUCCAACAUGCAUCAAGAUAUUAAGCACAAACACCAUCACCGGUCACAAACAACCUCGGCUCUUCCACAUCCGAACUCCAGAACGACAGCAGGCCUUUCUCUCGCCCUUUCAAAGCGCCCAGGGAUAUCAAGUCCCCCUAGCCGGGAGUUAGAUGACUUUACGGCACCUUCGACGUCGCGAUUCGCCCCUUUCAUGACCCCACAAUUGCACGCGAGGCCUUCAAGUUCUGCCAGAGCACGCGCUUUUCCUAUGACCAGUGCCCAGGAUGCGCACCUCUCCAAUUCCCUGGAGGACUUCCGCCAUAAUACCGGUUUGAGUAGUAGUGCAACAAGCUCUGCCACAGGGAGUGGAGGGUACUUUGCUCUCCAGCUCCCAGGCUUUUCUCAAAACUAUCUUGCCAGCCCUACCCCUAGUGGGUAUACAACGCCGGGUGGGGGGUUGUCUUCCGAAGACCGUGAUACGUCGCCCUCGUGGGCACGUUUGAUAGCACACUAUCCGAUGAGCGUGAGACAUCGGAGGCGCAGUAUCUCGGGUCCACAGGCGAGACGGAUGUCUAUUGGAGAACGUUUGGCCUAA